CUAGAGGGUCUCAGCUCUCUCAGACGAGAACCACAGCUCUGGGCCUCGGCAGUAUGAAUGCACUUACCCUCUGUAACCAUAACCAUAAUAUUUGUAUCAAUAGCCACCAUCAUUUCUCAGCGUCGGCGAAGCGCAAUUGGCCCAAAUUGUUUUCAAUUCAUCCCAGAAACCUUCGUACAAGUACUAGGCCUUCGUCUCUGGUAAUCGAGACGGUGGAAGGCCAAGUUGCCGCUGAUUCUGAGCAAACUCCUUCAUCUGUUGCUCGUCGUCUCAUUCUGCUUCGUCAUGCCAAGAGUUCCUGGGAAGACCCCUCGCUGAAAGAUCAUGAUCGACCCCUGAAUGCAAAAGGACAAGCCGAUGCUGUCGAAAUCUCUCACAAGCUUCAACAGUUGGGCUGGAUUCCUCAGCUUAUUUUAUCCAGCAAUGCAGUGCGAACCAGGGAGACUCUUACCAUAAUGCAGCAACAAGUGAGGGGCUUCUUGGAAGCUGAGGUCCAUUACUUUUCCAGCUUUUAUUCCAUUGCGGCCAUGGAUGGGCAGACUGCUGAGCACCUUCAACAUAUUAUCUGUAACUAUUCAAGGGAUGACAUACUCACCGUCAUGUGUAUGGGACAUAAUAGGGGUUGGGAGGAGGCAGCAUCAAUGUUGACAGGUGCCUCCAUAGAACUGAAGACUUGCAACGCUGCUUUGCUUGAAGCUACCGGGAAAUCUUGGGAUGAGGCAUUUGCUCUGGCAGGACUAGGGGGGUGGAAACUGCAGGGCAUUGUGAAACCAAGUUAGCCUAUAAAAGCCACAACUUUUAAGUUUUAACACAUUCAUACUAGUAGAAACUUUGCAAGGUGGGCAGGAGCCGGGAAGCACAGUUGCCAUCUGAUACAGCAUAGGAAGUUACCCACGGUUGCUUUUCAGUGGCCGAAGUUGCAUCUUCUUUAAUUGUUACACUUGUUAGAGAUAAAAGUUUUGCAUUUGCACUGAUAGGUAAAUGUAGGUCUCUUAUUGUUCAAUUUAAGGGAUAUACGUGAGAUUCCUCUAUGCAAUCUCAUUUCAACGA